ACUUUUGCGAAUUUCUUCUGCAAUUUUCGGUGGCAAAGCCCGGCAACCUUGCCCAAUUUUCAUUGGACUUAAUUGGCCCGUUGGUUAAGGCCUUUAAAUGCCUAAAAAAAAACACAAAAAACUGAAAAGGGCCCCAGCAGUAAGUCGUGCAUAAAACCAUAAGUAAACCCUCUGAUUGGCGCCGUUGGUCGGCCUGAAACUCCCUGUGAAAAUCCUGCAACUCCUGUCAGUUGAUUGUCAAAGUCGACACAUUGCCCUAUUGCAUAAGUGAAUAUUCUGCUGAGUUUUCUGAGCAAAGAGCUGAGAUGGCAGCGAAAAGAAUCACCCAGAGCUCCGUUAACUGGGCGGCAAUCUCCGAAAGAGUCCCAGAGCACCAGCGGGUCCAGUUUCUGACCUUCAAGUCCAAGUCUGAGGGGUACCUGCGAAGGGUGUUGGCUCAACCCGAGAAACCGCCAGCGAUUAACUGGGACCUGUACAAGCAAAAGGUGCCCAUUGCUGGCAUGGUGGAUGAGUUCCAAAAGAAGUACUCCGCUCUGAGCAUUCCCUUUCCACCUGACACUGUCAGUGGACAACUGAAUGCUCAGGAAAAGGAAAUCCAGGCCGAUAUUGAAAAGUUUAAAACUGAAUCAAAUGCUCGUAUUGCACAGUACAAACAACAACUGGCUCAUAUCAAUUCCCUGCUUCCGUACGAUCAAAUGACCAUGGAAGACUUCUAUGACGCCUACCCAGACAGGGCUCUUGACCCCAUUAAUAGGCCAACCUACUGGCCCCAUAAUCCAGAAGAUCAGCCUGACUUUGAGGAGAAAAAUGCCGCCGCUGCUCCUCACUAAAGCGCCGUCACAACUGUUAGAUAAACGAAACUAGUAUGCCCUUGAAAUGAAACUGGAAUCGGCUGCCAUCGACAAUUUAGUGCUAUUGCGUAAUUUUUUCUUAUUGGAUAAAGGUUCUACAUAGGGGCGAGACGAUUGAAACACGCAAAUUUAAAAAUAUUGUCUUUAAUUUAUCAACAAAUAAAAUAAUAUAAAACGC